UCCUCCGCAGAGCGCACUGCGGUAGGACUCGGCUGGCUCGGCUCGUCUGUGCGCCAUGGCCCUGGGCCUGCGUGACCUCCAGCGGCGCGGCCUCUGGCUGCUCCUGGCCCAUCACAUCUUCCUGGUCACCGCCUGCAAGGAAGCCCAGUCCGGUGUCCUCAUGCAGGAGAUUUGCCUCUCCCGGUUCAAGGUGAGGAUGAACGCCAUCGGGGAGAGGCUGUGGUGCCACUGGGGCAAGACUAUCAGGAGCUACGGGGAGCUCACGGACUGCACCCAGCACGUGGCAGUCAAGAUGGGCUGCUUCUGGCCCAACGCGGAGGUGGACAAGUUCUUCAUCGCUGUCCACCGGCACUACUUCAAACAAUGUCCCACCUCCGGCAGGACCUUGCUGGAGCCGCCCCACACCAUCCUCUGCCCCUUCGUCGUGCUCCCCAUCGUGGUGACGCUGCUGAUGACAUCGCUGGUGGUCUGGAAGACCAAACGACCGGACACCACGUACGUGUAGGUGGCAGCCACAGGGCAACAGCCGGGAAGGCCGGGCCCCUUCCCGCCCGCACCCCGCACCCUUCCCUUGCCAAAAAGAGCCGUAGGCGUUUCCUAGCAAUCGUGGCUCCCCCAGCCCCCCACCCUCUCCCCGGUUUGCCAGACCUGCUUGUGGCAUAGCGCAGCUCUCCUAGCACCCCACUCCCCGACCCCAGUUUGCCAGACCUGCUUACCCUGUAGAUGUCUGUGGAUGAGAAGUGUGUGAUUAAAGGACAUUCUUGAACUUGG